GUCCAUUUUUGCCUCCAGCUGAGGAAGAGACAGGGUGCCGAGACCCACACGGAGACUGUCGGAGGAACCUCGUCAUGGAGUUACCUUGUUCCUGGAGGCCAGAUCUCGUCUGGGAGAAUUUUGGCAUGGCAGCUUUGUAGAAUAUCACGUGCAAGUCUGACAGAGAGCACUGGAAUUUGCAGUUCUGGGAUACCAAGGCUGUGCGAGGACUCAGCCCUCACUGGACCGCCCUGUGCUUGGUGAGCACAAGAGAGAAAGGAGGAAGAUGGAUCGACAUCCCAACACCACAAUCCGUACAGUGUCCCCAGCGCCUCUGGAGAGCAUGGUGUAUGGGGAUGGACACAAUGGGACCAGGUGCUUUGCAGAACACAUCCCUGAAAUCAUCAUCGGUAGCAUCAUGCUGCUCAUCUGCCUCUGCGGGCUGGUGGGGAACGGGGCCAUCCUCUGGCUCCUCGGCUUCCGCAUCAGGAGGAACCCCUUCACCGCCUAUCUCCUGAACCUGGCCGUGUCCGACACUUGCUUUCUCCUCUGCACAUUGACUUUCCUUGUAAUAUAUCAUAUGCCCAUGCUCAGCUGCUUUCAGCCAGAGCUUUUGCGGGUGCUGCCGCUAUUUCACUCCAUGGUUCUGCUCACAUACAGCACCAGCCUCUAUCUCCUCACGGCCAUCAGCGUGGAGAGGUGUGUGGGUGUCCUCUGGCCCUUCUGGUGCCGAUGCUACCGCCCGAAAUUCCUGUCGGCCAUCACGUGCAGCCUGCUGUGGGCCCUCGCCUGUGUCCUUGCCGGGCUGGUGUACUUUGUGUGUGACCUGGGACACUCUGAACACUGCUGGACGGUUCUUGGAACCUUGUGCUUUCUCAAUUUCUGCUUUUUCACUCCCUUUAUGGUUCUUUCCAACGUGAUCCUCUUCAUCAAGCUUAAGCGUAGCUCUUGGCAACACCACCCGGCGAGGUUGUACACUGUCAUCUUCCUCACUGUUUUCUUCUUCCUCCUCUUCGGCAUCCCACUCAGCGUCCAGAUCUUCCUCAACUUCUUUGUCUACAUUAAUUUUGUCUUUGAGAUCUGCCUGUUGCUGGCCUCUCUCAACAGCAGCAUCAAUCCGGUUAUUUACGUCCUGGUUGGCAGCUGCGGAAAGUCCAGGUUCAGGGGAUCCGUCAAAGUCGCUCUUCAGAGGGUCUUUGAAGAUAGGGCAGAUUCCCAAGAGGUGGGUGAGACCCCUGUGAUGGGAAUUGCUGCCUAAACCCCUACGGCUGCAGACUGGCACCUCUGGGAGCAGAGCCCUUGCCCAGUUGGGUAAGUGGGACCGGCAGCGGAUAGUCGUGCGUCUCCCAGGACACAGCCACGCUCAACGAGAUUUCCAGGGGCAGGGCUGGUUCCCACCUCAAACUUAUAUUUAAGUUAUUUUAAUAAAAGUGUCUUUCAUGUAACUCACUGGUGAUUACAGUUUCUUCCCUUGCUGUGCCCUUGCUUGUUCUCAAAAUUAAAGUUGUGACAGUCCCCUCACACUGCCCACUAGUUUAUAAUGCUGAAUUGAUGUGGUCCAGAAAGUCCUGCGCCAUGUGUUCUCCUGUUCUCCAGGGUUAACACGGCCACACUCCUGGGCCCUCAUCUGUACCUUGUCUGCUUCCCAGCAUGGAGAUUUCCCAACUCUUCC